GUAGCACUGGUCAGUGGGCUUUCGUAGUUUGGGUUUGCACGCAGCAGUUUACGACAAUGCUACACUAACAUUAGAUACAAAGAAAACAAAAUGAUACUAAUGCUGACUCGGACUAACAAGCCAAAGUGUUUUCCAUAUAUAACGCUAUAUCAUUUCUCACCGAUGACUAACCUGCUUUUAAAAGUUAAAUGCAAGUGGUGACCCCCAUCCCGUAGCACUACCUUUCGUCAAUCAUGUUUAUGGAAGUACAAUUCAGUCAAGUUUUGAUAGAUGCUGCAAUUGCCCAAUAAAAUGUUAACAUAAGACUUAUGACCAAUCGCCGGCUAGCUUACAUCUUUUUUUGACCAAUGAGAUUCUUGCUGUUAAAAGUGUAACCAAUCACAGCGAACGGGUGGGCUCUCGUUUAAGGAGCGCGAACGGUUCAGAAUAGACGGCGAUGAGAAAAUGGCGAACGUGGAAGAGUUUAGGUACAAGGCUAACAUUAUUUUGAAACCUUACUAAAUACUCGUGUUUCUUUUUUACUGCGGGGUUAUAAAUUAUUCCAAACAACGACGGGCACCAAAUACAUAGAUAUAUCAGGACACUAGCCGUAGCUGAUUUGACGUAUGUUAACUUGCUAUCUAGCUAACAUAGAUAGUUAGCUAGAUAGCGUAACUUAGAAACAUGAAUGGUCCGAAUGUUGACAGCUUUCAGUGUCGUCUUUGUGCCCACACAUAAUGAACAACAUGUAGGAAUUACUUCGUUAAACUAGCUACAAAGGAUUUAAACACAUUUAGUCGAGGUUGACCUGUUUACAUGGCUUAUUACUGAGUUAAGGUCUUUAGAGCCACUCAUUGUCUUUGGGGCGUUGCAGUAUGGCUUUACACAACUUGGUUUUUGUUAUCGAUGUGGAUUAUGGAGAUCACGAUUCGGGCGAUCAGCUGGAUGUCAGGAAUCGCUUGUUGAAACGAGGAAUAUUACAAAUUCUGCUACACUUCAGUUGCAAAUACGGAUUUGACCAAGUGCGCUGGGGAUAUAAAUUCUUUCAAUCCAAAACUGGUCGCAAUGCUAGGCUCAUAUCAAGGGGAUCGGACUUCAAGGAGCUUCGCCACAAAAUUUUUGAGGAUUUUGAAAUGGAGUUUGAAGCCAAGUUUGACGUGAAAGAUACGCCAUGCCCCGCUCACGACAGGCAGCAGUCCAGUCAGUCCACUUCAGUUCAAAACGCUCUCAAAGAAACUCUUCUAGACUUCCAGUGGGACAGACCAGACAUCACCUCUCCGACGAAACUGUCCCUGAGGCCCAGGAGGUCGAUCCGGUCUGGAACGCCAAGUGUUUCACAGGAGGAUGAUAUUUCAAGCAACGGGAGGAAUGUGGUGUUUAUUGUCUCGGGGUGUCCACGUUCCAGGACACAACUUGUGGACUACCUUUCUUUGGGAAAUAACGACCUGCCUGCAGAUGCGACAGAGCACAUUUUAUCUAGGAGCCUUCAUGAUAUGCUGAUCCAGCGACAGGUUGUGCUACAUUGGAUUGACAGUAGAUCACAUGUUCAGGUCAUGAAGUGUGAUGACCACCUUGGUUUUGACAAGCUGUCUGAGGUCCUAGCUCAGGUUAAUGGCAGAGUGAUCCCUGUGGUUGCAUUGCUGAAUCUCUGCUGCGCUCAAGAGGCGUUUGCAUUGAAAUCCAGCAUUGGAUACCUGCUGUCUUCUGAAAGGCUCUACCGCCUAGCUUUUCCUGUCAUAGGUGGUGUUCUGCAAUGGGAGCAAGGUGAUGUGACACAGCACUGUGACAUUAUGCUUGAGCCAGUGUCUCGCAGACAGAGGCUUCGCUCAGAGUCAGUGAAAGUGUCUCUGAAAGGAGUGCUGCGGGGCUGGGAUGCCUCUUCACUGACACAAACCUCCACAGAGUCAUGGGUGCUUCAGUGCUCCAGCAGUCGGAACCAGGGAGCUGUUGCCUUCCAGCGUUUGCUGAUGGAACUGUGUGCUCAUGAUCUGCACAUGUUUUCAGAGGUGAAUGACACCGGCCUCAUGUGCUCAGCUGUCCUCUCCCCCUUGUCACACUCUACAGCUCUGCUUACUGUUCUCCAGCCUGGAAUCACUGAGCAUGACCAGUUCCUGACUGCGGAAAUCAUUGCCCCUGCCACAGCAGAAAACUCAGUCGAACUGCCAGAUGUUGUGAGCAGUGUUUUGGGAGUAGUGUAUGACAUCAUGGAGGAGGAUGGUGAUAGUGUUGAUGACCAGUCAGAGGAUCAUCAGGUUCCUGAGUGGGCUCAGCAGGAACUCAGCCAUUGCCCACUGACCAAAGGUGUGUUGGAGAGUUGGUUCCCUCAGUCAGACCAGUCGGGAGUGAGUUCUCACUUAAUGGAAUCAAUGAGGUUGCUGCAUGCAGUGCCAGAGCAGAGAGACGAGGACGAGAUGUCUGAACUACAGCAGGAGCUGAUCAGUGGCCUGGCUGACUUGUAUCAAACAUCUCAAGGGGCCAAUGACAAGAGGGGCAAGAAACGUGGUGCCCAGCGCACACCAGUGAAACAGAAGAUGAAGACCAUGAGCCGCUCCCUGCAGAUGCUGAAUGUGGCGCGACUGAAUGUCAAAGCCCAGAAGAACCAGGCCGAGGCGGAGCAGCUGGGGGUGGAAUGCAGAGGGCCAGACAGACAGGGGAAGAGACGGGGAAGCGACAGGAACAAAUCUGAAGGAGCCAACACCAUCAGUUUCACCAGUGAGGCAGAGCUGCUGUCCCAUCUGAAGUCCAGUUACGAUAAGACUAUGGCAGAGAGAGACUCGUUCCUCCUCACUGGUGUCCAGCAGCUCUUUUCUGCUGUGAAAACCUUCCUCCUGGCAGAAUCUGAUGUGGAGGCCAAGACCUCCUUAUUUAUCCAACAGCACCUUCUCAAGACCAGCAAAUCAAUCAGGCAGCUUUAUGGCACAGCUGCUGAUGUUGAUAGCAAAGUCAGAGAGUGCCAGCUUCAGGCCUUGCUGAGGCUGGAAGUGUGCAGGCGUUUUUCCUCGGAGCAGACUGACUCACUGGAUGUUGAUGAGAUGGCAGAGGAGGUGGCUGAAAUGCUCAGGAUAAUCUCCUUAACAAAAGACCCAGUUUGCCUAACAAGAUUCCUUGAAGACGAGGUCCUCCCAGGGUUCCUGAAUGCUGUCCCCAGAGUGCUUGCAGACAUCUACCACAGUCUGGGCACUCGGCUCCCUGAGGCUUUGGUGGCUGUUCUACCAGCUGACUUCUUCAGUGACGAAUCAGUUGCAAAGGACAGCGUUUCUCCAUCAGCCUCCUCACCUCCCCUCUCCACACACAGCCUGGUUUCAGAUGGCAGAGAUGGCCUGCAGGACCUGCGAAAUCGCUCGGCAAACAAGAGGAGGAGUGGGAUGCUGACUCGUCACCGCAGUAUGACUGAAUCAUCACAAAGUCUUCGCCAAAUAGAGAUGCCCAAAAAGACUACAAGAGCUUCCAAAUCAAAGGCCUGUGCAGCUUUGGAGAAACCCGUUUUAGAGCCGCAACCUCAUAAACAAGAAACACAAGAGGUGACAAAGGUGAGAAGAAACCUGUUCAACCAAGAGAUUGUUUCCCCCUCGAAGAAAGCCAAGCUGCCAAGGAGCCAGUCUGUGUCCGCCGUGGAAGGAAUGAAACGCAAGCGAUCUCAUGAAUAUGAAGAGAGGCACAAACUUCUAACAAAGAAAGUCUGUGAAACACCCCUUCACAAACAAGUGUCCAGUCGCCUCCUAUACCGACAGAAAAUGGGAAGGAGAUCUGUCCCAACAGAGGAGUGCAUUGUUGAAGAAUCGCCAGUAAAACCCACAGAAGACCUAAGAAGGAGCCCAAGGAUAAAGAAGUUUGCUAGAAGACACUCAAACUCUUUCUACUCAAGUUCUCAGCCUCGCUCCCGCAACCUGGACAGAGCUCUCUCUGCAUCUCAGCUUACUCUCAGUGAAAGCAAAGUCAGCGAAGUUAACGUGAAAACAGUUCGGUCUCCUAUGCGUCUUCUUUUUGGAGCCGCUUCCCCCACUGAUUCUCCCAGUUGUCCUUUUGACAACCACACAACCAGGACCACCAGGUCACGGCUGUCCACGGACUCCAGUGUCUUUGAGAGUCCAAACAAAACACCAGUGAAAUCACCCAACAGACGUGGGAGGGCCAUCCAUGGGAUCAUGACACCCAAGACACCUCGAACCCCAGGGACCCCCAAAACCCCACGCCCAUCCAGGACGCAGGUUUUCUCUGCUGGAGAGAGCCCAGUAGCAGGCAGCUCUCGUGGGCAUAGCUUGGCUCAGAGAGGCAGUCCAUUCAGAUCUCCAGCCACAAAGACUUUUGUAGUAGAGACGCCUACUAAGCACAGCCCUAUGAGGAGCCCGCUGAAGGGUAUUCUCAGGACUCCAGUCAAGACCUUGGUUGAGUGCCGCUCUUCUGGAUUACCUCUGCUCAACAGUCCAAUUUCCAGGACUCCCAAGAAGAGCGUGACAUGGUCUCCAUCCCCUCGAAAAUGUAGAGUGGCCGAGAACAGCAUUUCUUUCAAGGUGCCAGAGUCCCCUCGUAUUGUAUCCCGCACUUCUCCGAGACUGUUGAAAACACCAACACAAAACAAUGCUUUCUGCAGUCCUGUCAAAAGCACAAACACUAAGAGAGACAUCUUCAAGACCCCUGAAAAGACUUGUCAAGUAAGCCUAGUAAGGGUUUCUGAAAAUGCUAAUAAUCAUAUUUUAACACAGGAGACAAAUCUGAGUUCCUCUGCAAAACCUCACAACAGGAUGAAAACACCUGAAAAAAAUCGCACUGAUAGUCUGCUAGAGAUGCCCCCUUCACAAUCCACACCACCUCAAGAACACCACCUCUCACCUAAACCCAACACUAGAACUCAAACCAGGAGCCCAAGCCCCACUCAUCAAAUGACAACUCGCUCUGGAAGAACUCCAGGCAAAAGUUCAAACAUUGCAUCCUUAUAUAAGCCAGUAUUUACACCUGUGGGAGAUGCUACUAAGUCUCCUGCAAAGUCCCUGGCCAGAAUGAGGUCUGGUCAAGGUGUUAGAACCACCAGACUUAACCUUGGAUCCCAGUCUAUUGAGAAUGUUCCCUCCAAACUAAACACAGAAUCUGCUGAGAACUGUGACCUUGUGAAGGCGAACAUGCAGUCAUAUUCAAAAGAAGAUGCACAGGCUGAACAUUCCCAAACCCCUGAAGAUGACUCUAGUUCUCAGACAGACUCUCAGCAAGUGGAAUCUUCACAGCUUAACUCUGCAUCCACAGAUGAUGAUAGUAUGGACAUUAUAGAUGCAGCAGUUACCAAGACUCAGUUUACUGGAGGUCUCAAGAUGAACAUUAGCUUUUCACGGAAGCCUUCACAGUCCAGUGAAGAUUUUCUGUCAAGCACAGUCUCUCCAAAACCACGUGUGCCACUCCAAGGUACUCCCGGCCGGAGCUACGGCUUCCGCCAAACCCCUGACCGCCAGCAGAGGGAGGCUGCUGCGCGUUUGGGAUAUGGAAAUGAACCCCCUCGGUUUUCAACACCUAGAGGCCCAGCAAGACCUCGUCGACAAAAAGACAUGGGUGCUCCAAACCCUCUGACCUAUGAAGUGGAAAUGGAAAUUCAAACAUCAGGACUUCCCAAGCUCAAAAUCAAACGCACAGAUUCCAUGAAUGCAGGUGAUGUGGCCUCAGGAGCCCAGAGCCCUGUAGUUGGUGUUAAACCCUCUCAGCUGGAAAGCCCAUUGGCUUUGUUCUCUAAGCAUAGAGAUCCUGGAUGUGUCUCGCCAUCUCUCUGUACUCAUGUCACCCCUGCUAAGAGCACGCCUGGAAAGGGUGGAAGCGUUCAAACUUACAUCUGCCAGUCUUACACUCCUACGCACCAUCCUGUGGGAACAUUGUCUCCAGUGGCCAUUGCAGAGAUCAUCCCCCUGACUCCUUCACCUCAGAGUGCAGGGAAGGUGGCCCCAGACAACUUCAGCAGCUGGCCUCGCAGGAAGAGAGCUCAGAUCGGAGUGGCUGGAGGCAAGGAUCGUGGCCUGAAGGGGGAGCCUUUGCUGGUGGAGUGCCUGGAGGAAGCUGAGCUUGGAGUUAGCAGAUUGCAGGAUGUUGAGGACACGGAUGAGCCCUCGAACAUCAAAAAUUCAGUAUUAGUGUUGACUUCCACACAGUCACCUUCAGUUGGAGCAGGUGCAUCUCCUCUUUCUUCUCUGGAGGACUUGAACUGGAUGGAGAAACUGGCUGAGGAGGCUAACUGUGCUGAUCCUCAGAGAGUAGAAGAAGAAAUCUGGGCCGCUGAAAAUGGAGAUGUUACGUCAUUGGCAACUCCUCCCAGCUCAAAAGUGAGGAAGCCAGUGACAGCGAGUGGGAUUUUGGCCCUCACUCAUUCUCCAUUGUUGUUCAAGGGCAAAGCGGGUUCUGCAAAGAGAACGUCAAAUUUCAUAGACGAGGCUGCUUCAGGGAGGAGGAGAGAAGAUGAUGGCGUGGAGCUCUCUCCCCUCAGCCUGCCGAUGAGACGCUCAAACACAGGGAAGACCUACAGCAGGAAGAGGCUUCUCCACUGAGCCACAAGACGGUCCACAUUGUGUUUUACUGUGAAGCUGCGAGUCUUUCUUUGCCGUAUUUUGAUGUGAUGGCAGAUCUGAACGCCGUCUUUCAAAGCGACACUUGAAGGGCUUUGAAUGAAUGAAUGAAUGUCCUUUUCAUUCUCCUCCACCAACAGUUUUGACCCUGACAUUUUCUGUUUUAACCACUGGCUUUUGUUUCAAUCGGGACAUUUUAGGUUUUAAAAUUAGAGCUAGGUUUUAGCAUUGAGAUCAAAAGCGAUGCGCUUCUGCCAAGAUGUUUUAAAUUGUCCUUACUGUUCCCGAUUUUAUCGUUCAGAUGGUGCCAUGUGUUCUGCAUUUGGCUUUCUGAAGCUUAAAAGUUGCAAAGUUGAUAUUAUAUGUCUGUAUUUCAAAAUGGCAAUCAGCAAUUUUACAAUCAAGUCUAAAGUCCAAAUUUGUUGAUGUACUGUUGAUGUUUAUUUAUUAGUUUGUUUGUUCUUGUUUUAAACUUGCUCUUAAGUAAAAGGGAAGCCCUGAUUAUUGAGUAAUAUUGUAAAUAACUCUUGUUGCCAAAGUUUUAUGUAAAUAAAUAUCAGAUUUUUGAAUUACCCUA